AUGGAGGAAGAGGCAUCCUCUGGAUAUGCGUGGGAAGGUACAUUAGAACGUAGUUGGGAUGUAAUUGAAGAAGACGAUGCAGGAAACCUCAAGAUCGAUCAAGCAGUCACGAAUCAGCAUCGCCAACGUCGACUAGAAAUUGCACGGAAUGUACGCAAAGGACUGAUCCGCUACAUGUACGUAGUGAUGGAUCUAUCUCGAGGAAUGGCUACAAAGGAUUGGAAACCACACCGUCUCGCAUGUACCAGUAAAGUCCUGCAGCAAUUUGUAAAGGACUAUUUUGACCAGAAUCCUAUUUCUCAAUUAGGAGUCAUUGGGAUUAAGGGCAUGACAGCUGAGAAACUCAGUGACUUAUCGGGUAAUCCCAAGACUCACAUUGAACGCAUUGCUGCUGCUUUGGCAGUAGAUAAGGAACCAUCAUUGCAGAACGCGCUGGAAAUUGCUAGAAGUGCACUGAAAACCGUGCCAGCCUAUGGUAGUCGAGAGAUUGUCGUGGUCUAUGGCAAUCUCGUAACGGCCGACCCGAGUGAUAUUUUCCAGACACUGGCAUCGUUAAAGAGAGAAAACGUGCGGGUGUCGUUCAUUGGUAUUGGGGCAGAGAUGCACUUGCUUCGUCGCAUUGCGGACGGCACGGACGGCACGUACCAUGUUGCUGUGGAUGCUGAUCAUAUGAAGAGACUUAUGACAUCGUUCACGUUCCCUUCGCCCACGGUUGCGACAGCAGCUUCGCGUUUUGCUACACUAGUGGAAAUGGGGUUCCCACAGCGUCGCAGUGGAGCAUUGUCCCUCUGCACGUGCCAUCAGGCGUUUACGACGGUAGGUUACCUGUGUCCUCGCUGCAAGUCUAAGAGCUGCGAUCUGCCAACGACAUGCCAAGUCUGCAACUUGCCGCUCGUGUCGUCGCCGCAUCUUGCGCGAUCGUAUCAUCAUUUGUUCCCGGUGGCCAAGUUCACGCAGCAUUUGCUGCAGUCUAGCGGGACUGGCGAAAAAAGAAGCCAAGGGCGCGAUGGUGAAGGCGCCGCGUACGAGUGCACCACGUGCCAGAGCGUUUUCUGCAACGAGUGCGAUAUCUACGUGCAUGAUUCGCUGCACAACUGCCCAGGCUGUAGUUGA